CAGCAGAAACACACAGCACCACAGAGGCUGCACGGGACACUCAACAAACUCCUCUCAAGUGUAAGAAAAUAGGACUGCAAAUAUGACCCCGUUUCUGACUGGAAGAGUCUUUUGAGCAAGGGGACGAAGAGAAGAUUUAUUUAUUUAUUUUUACUUAAUCUUAAGGAAGCUGAUGGAAAUCAUUUGGGAAUACAGCUUCCUCUCCUCCUCAACUGUGGUACCCUGAACUCAGACUACAAAGGGACGUGAGGUCGGGCACUGCUGGUUAAAAUGGAUACAUUCUUUAUGGAGGGGGCCCGUGUCUGGCUGAGACACAAAGAACAGCUCCUCCCCUCCACCGUCAGCUCUUGUGAUGAUUCGUCCCUGGUCCUCACCACCGACUAUGACAAGGUGAUCUACCUCCAGAAGGCAGAACUGAACAGGGAGACGGUGUACCCGAUGCACCCCAGCAGCAUCGAUGGAGUAGAGGACAUGUCCACACUGGCAGAGCUGCAUGAGGCUGCCAUCAUGCACAACCUCUUUCUGCGCUACCAGAAAGACAACAUCUAUACCAACAUUGGUUCUAUCCUGGCGGCAGUAAAUCCCUACAAGCAGAUAGCCGGCUUGUAUGACGGUACUGCAGUUGAUCUGUACAGCAAGCACCAGAUGGGGGAGCUGCCUCCUCAUAUCUUUGCUGUGGCCAAUGAGUGUUACCGCUGUCUGUGGAAGAGACAUGACAGCCAGUGUAUCCUCAUCAGUGGGGAGAGUGGUGCUGGGAAGACGGAGAGCACCAAGCUGCUGCUGAAGUUUCUCUCAGUGAUGAGUCAAAACUCAGCAGGUACUCCUCUGUCGGAGAGGACCACCAGGGUGGAGCAGGCCCUCGUCCAGAGCAGUCCCAUCAUGGAGGCCUUUGGGAAUGCUAAGACUGUGUACAACAAUAACUCCAGUCGCUUUGGGAAGUUUAUCCAGCUCCACUUUUCCCAGAACGGAAACAUUCAAGGAGGCUGCAUCAUUGACUAUUUGCUGGAAAAGAACCGUGUGGUUCGACAGAAUCCUGGAGAAAGAAACUACCACAUCUUCUAUGCUCUGCUAGCGGGGGCAGACAGAGACCACAGAGACAUGUUCCUCCUGUCCGAGGGUCCUGAGUCGUAUCACUACCUGAGCCAGUCGGGCUGCGUGCAGGACAACAGCCUGGACGACAAGCAGCUCUUUGACAGUGUGAUGGAGGCCCUGAAAGUGAUGGAAUUCACUGAGGAGGAGAUUAGAGAUGUGUUCAAGUUGCUUUCUGCUGUCCUCCAGAUGGGAAACAUUGAAUUCAUGACUGCUGGUGGAGCUCAGAUCACUUCCAAAGGGGUGGUCAGUAAUGUCAGCGAGCUGCUGGGCCUAGACUCUUUCCAGCUGUCAGAGGUGUUGACCCAACGCUCCAUGAUCCUCAGAGGAGAGGAGAUCUGCUCACCACUCACUGUGGAGCAGGCUGUAGACUCACGAGAUUCGGUUGCCAUGGCACUUUAUUCUCAGUGUUUCUCCUGGAUUAUAAUGAGGAUCAACCAGAAGAUCAAAGGAAAAGACAACUUCAAGUCCAUUGGCAUCCUGGACAUCUUUGGCUUUGAGAACUUUGAGGUGAACCGGUUUGAACAGUUUAAUAUUAACUACGCCAACGAGAAACUCCAGGAGUAUUUCAACAAGCACAUCUUCUCGCUGGAACAGCUGGAGUACAACAGGGAGGGGAUCCAGUGGGAGGCAAUAGACUGGAUGGAUAACGCAGAGUGUCUGGAUCUCAUAGAAAAGAAACUGGGCAUGUUGGCUCUUAUCAAUGAGGAGAGUCGGUUCCCCAAAGGCACGGACUACACCCUUUUGGAGAAACUGCACAGCCGACACGCAACAAACCCGUACUACGUGAAGCCCAGAGUGAACGACCACCAGUUUGGCAUCAAGCACUACGCUGGAGAGGUGCUUUAUGAUGUGCGUGGGAUCCUCGAGAAGAACAGAGACACCUUCAGAGAUGACAUCUUGUUUAUUCUCAAAGACAGCAGGCUCGACUUCAUCUACGACCUCUUUGAGCGCGUCGGUAGCAGGAAUGGAGAUGAGACCCUAAAGAUGGGCACAGCUCGACGCAAGCCCACCGUCAGCUCUCAGUUCAGGGACUCUCUUCAUUCCCUGAUGGCAACACUAAGUGCCUCCAACCCCUUUUUUGUACGCUGCAUCAAACCAAACAUGGACAAGAAGGCCAACCGGUUUGAUGCUGAUGUGGUCCUGAACCAGUUGAGAUACUCUGGGAUGCUGGAAACUGUGAAGAUCCGCAGAGCUGGAUUCCCUGUCCGUAGAACAUUUACGGACUUCUACAGCAGGUACAACAUGAUCCUGAAGAGCAAAAUCCACUCAGACGAUGAGAAGCAGAGCUGCUCAGAGCUUCUCACACUUCAUGACAAAGCCAAGCUGGAGUGGCAACUGGGGAAGACAAAGGUGUUCUUAAAGGAGGCCCUGGAGCAAAGGCUGGAGAAGGAGAGGGAAGAGGUGCGGCGCAGGGCUGGCAUGGUGAUCCGCGCCCACAUCCUCAGCUAUGUGGCAAGGAAACAAUAUAAGAGGGUUUUGUCCAGCGUCGUCACCAUCCAGAAGAACUACCGCGCUCACUUUUGGAGACGCGCCUUCCUGCGGCUGCGCUUUGCCACCAUCAUCCUGCAGAAACAUCACAGAGGCCAGCUGGGCCGAUCCCACUUUCGCCAGCUCAAGGACGAGGAACAGAAGCGGCAGGAGGAGGAGGAGAGGAGGAGGAAAGAAGAGGAAGAGGAGAGAAGGCGAGUAGAGGAGGAGAGGAGGAGGAGGAUGGAGGAGGAGAGGAGACAACGGGAGGACGAAGAGAAAAGAAAGAGGGAGGAGGUGGAGAGACAGCGGCUGAUGGAUGAGGAGAAGAAGAGGAGGGAGGAAGAGGAGGAGCAGAGGCUGAUGAAGGAGAAAGAGGAAGAACAGGAAAUGGCAGCUAAAGCAGAUGAGAAAAGGAACUCGCUGGUAAAUGGUGUUUGUCAGAAGAAGGAGCUGGCUCAAACUCUGUCCUACAGUCACACCUCUGAGGAGGAGAGCCGUCAGAUGGAGGAGAUCCUGCGGCUGGAGAGGGAGAUCGAGCGUCUGCAAAAGCAGCAGGAAGACGGCGUGUCCCUUCUCGGGGAUGUCUCCCACGAGGAGCUACGCCAGAUGAGAGACGCUGAGAUCUACAGACUGGAGAAGGAAGCCUCCCGUGUGGCUACUGAGUUUCUGGAGCUCCUGGACUUUGGUGGUUUAGAGCCUUCCCUCUCAAGUGAGGAGAACCUCCAUGACCCAACCGAAUCCACUGCCCCUCUGGCCGAGGAGGAAGUGGACGAGGGGUUUCACGCUGAUGAUGAGUGCAUUCCCUUGCCUGACUUCCCCCCUCCGGCUGUGGUUCCUCUGGAUAAGGAAGUAUUCCAAAGUAUUCCCCCUCCUCCACCUGCCUUUGCGGGAGGAUUAGUGGACACCCCUUCCUCAGCCUCCUCUCCCGCACCAGCAAAACCCUCCCCACUUACCCCGAACAGACUGAGUCAUGCCCCUCCUCUCAAAGACUCCCAAACCUCUAGACCUCCUCCUCCUCCUCCUGCUGCAGUCACUAAUGGAGAAAGGCUGUCGUGCCACAGGGGCAUCAGGGGGUCAGACUUUGAGCCUGUGAGCGAGGAGCCGCCCCACCAAAACAUGCCAGACACAGAGUCGGACUACGACCAGGAGGAGUUUGAGGAGGCUCAUGGGAGCUCAGGUGCUAGCACCAAUGACGGCCAUAUCACAGAUGAGGAGGUGUUGCGAAAAUCCUCCUGCACCCAAAACAGCCUGGACUCCUUCAGAGGCAGCUCGGACUCGUUCAUCGACAGCGAUGAGGAAAACGAUGGCUAUGUGGACACAGAUGAGGAAGUUUCCAAUGGGAGAGUGAAUGUGCUGAAUGGCAGUGGACCUCCAUACUUCCACGGCUACCUCUACAUGAAGAGUGGUCUUAUGAUCCCAUGGCGUCGUCGCUGGUGUGUCCUGAAGGAUGAGACCUUCAUGUGGUUUCGGGCCAAGCAGGAAUCCCUCAAAUCCGGCUGGCUUUACAAGAAAGGAGGAGGAAUGUCCACCUUGUCUCGGCGCAACUGGAAAAUGCGCUGGUUCGUUCUGCGGGAGUCGAAGCUCAUGUACUUUGAGAACGACAGCGAGGAGAAACUGAAAGGAACCAUUGAUGUCCGCACAGCCAAGGACAUAGUGGACAAUCAUGAGAAGGAAAAUGCACUGAAUAUUGUGACUGAGGAGAGGACUUACCACAUCUAUGCAGAGUCUCCAGAAGAUGCCAGUGGUUGGUUCAAUGUGCUGAGUCGGGUCCACAGCGCCAGCCCGGAGCAGCUCAUGGAGAUGCACCAUGAACAGGCCAACCCAAAGAAUGCAGUGGGCACACUAGAUGUGGGCUUGAUUGAUUCAGUUUGUGCAUCAGACAACCCCGACAGACCAAACUCUUUUGUUAUCAUCACGGCUAACCGGGUGAUCCACUGCAACACUGACACACCUGAGGAGAUGCACCACUGGAUCGGCCUGCUGCAGAAAUCCAAAGGAGACUCCAAGGUUGACGGACAGGAGUUCUUAGUCAGAGGCUGGCUACAUAAAGAGAUGAAGUCAGGAGCCAAAAGCACUUCUCUGAAGCUGAAGAAGCGUUGGUUUGUUCUCACCACCAACUCUCUGGACUACUACAAGUCGUCAGAGCGCAGCGCCUCCAAACUGGGAACUCUGGUCCUCAACAGUCUCUGCUCUGUGGUGCAGCCGGAUGAGAAGGUCUUCAAGGACAGUGGUUACUGGAAUAUAAUUGUCCAUGGACGUAAACACUCUUACCGACUUUACACGAAAAUGCUGAAUGAGGCCAUGCGGUGGGCGAAUGCCAUACAGGGAGCAAUAGACAGCAAAGUUCCCAUCGAAACGCCCACACAACAACUCAUCAGGGACAUAAAGGAGAGCAGUUUGAAUGUGGAGGCUGUGGAGCAGACAUACUGGAGGAACCCCAUCCUGAGAUAUACCCAGCAUCCUUUGCACUCCCCUCUUCUACCUCUGCCCUAUGGAGAUGUCAGCAUCCACUUGCAAAAGGAAAAGGGUUACACCAGCCUGCAGGAUGAGGCUGUGAAGAUUUUCAACUCACUACAGGAGAUGGAGGCAGUGUCGGACCCCGUACCAAUCAUCCAGGGAAUCCUACAGACCUGUCAGGACUUGAGGCCAUUAAGAGAUGAGGUUUACUGUCAGCUGAUCAAACAAACCAAUCACGUCCCGCACCCCAACAGUCCUGCCAAUCGCGCCCACUGGCAUCUCCUGACCUGUAUGAGCUGCACCUUCCUGCCCAGCCGAGGCAUCCUGCGCUACCUCAAGUUUCACCUCAAAAGGAUUAAGGAGCUGUACCCUGGUACAGAGAUCGAAAUGUUCGCCCAUUUCAUCGGCGAGUCUCUGAAGAAGACCAAGGCCAGAGAGUUUAUUCCCUCUCAAGAGGAAAUCAUUGCACUGCUUACCAGACAGGAAAUGACCACCACAGUCUACUGCCAUGGAGGAGGCUCCUGCAAAAUCUCCAUUAACUCGCACACCACCGCUGGAGAGGUGGUGGAGAAGUUGAUCAGAGGUCUGGCUAUGGAGGACAGCAGGAACAUGUUUGCACUCUUUGAACACAACAACACUAUUGACAGAGCUGUGGAAAGCAGGGUUCUUGUGGCGGAUGUUUUGGCUAAAUUUGAAAGACUGGCUGGCAGUGAGGAUGGUGAGGAAGACGGCCAAUGGAAACUCUAUUUUAAACUCUACUGCUUCCUGGAUGUGGAGAGCAUGCCUAAAGAAGGAGUGGAGUUUGCAUUCAUGUUUGAGCAGGCCCACGAGAGUUUGACCCGGGGCCAUUUCCCUUCACGAGAAGAGACCCUGCAGCACCUGGCCGCGUUGCGGUUGCAGUUUCUAUACGGAGAUAAAGCACGAGUCACCUGGAGCCUGGAAAACGUCUACCCUGUGGGCCGCCUGCGCAGUCGCAUCCUCCAGUUUACCAAGGUGGGCGGAGCCUCGGGGUCUGGCCAAACUCUGGAGCGUCGGAGGACUAGCUUCUUGGACGGGACCCUGCGUCGGGGGUUGAAGACGGGCUCAAUGAAGAAGCAGCGCAUGGAGGAGGAGCAGAUGUUGGAGAUGUGGAUAAAAGAGGAGAUGUCUGCCACAAGAGCGAGCAUCGUGGAGAAGUGGUCCCGCCUCAAGGGUCUGGACCAGCAUCAGGCCAUGCUCAAAUACAUGACCAUCAUCAAGGAGUGGCCUGGAUAUGGAUCUACACUUUUUGAUGUUGAGUGCAAAGAAGGAGGCUUCCCUCAUGAUCUCUGGUUGAGUGUGAGCGCUGAAAAUGUGUCUGUCUACAAGAGAGGAGAGCCAAAGCCUCUGGAGACCUUCCCAUAUGAGCACAUCAUUUUCUUUGGCGCUCCGCAGCCCUGCACCUACAAGAUCACUGUGGAUGAGAGAGAAAUGUUCUUUGAAACACCACAGGUCGGAGAGAUCACAAAGAUCAUGAAAGCCUACAUAAACAUGAUCGUGAAGAAGCGCUGCAGUGUGAAGUCUGUGUCCAGCUAUGGAACCAGCUGGAUCAGAUGAUUUGACUUGAUAGGAGACACAAUGUACUCAGCUACAGUUCACCCGAUAGAUAACGUGCAAGCAUGGAGAAAAGAUGCAAAAAUGGCAACAGGAUCAAAACACUUGUAUAGACAUUGUGUUUCAGAGAUUUUGACUAGCAACACAGACGAACUCCAUCCAGAAAGAUUCCUGUCUAGACACAUGUCUUUACUGCUUGUGGCAAAAAAGUGGGAACAUUCAAGCAUCUGCACCAUUUUAAGCUUUACAGUUGUCCCGAGUGUUGCUUCCCUCCAUGCAGUCUCCAAACAUGUUACUCGCUCUCAUUAAAUACACUGGUCAUUUCUCACAUCUUACUUGAAAUGUACUUCAGGUAUCUUUUCAUGGAUUCUUUCUUUAAAUAUCCAGGAAACCCAGACAGAGCUUGCACUCUCUUGUUCCACCAUAGACUAGGUUUUUAUAGGUCAAAACAGACAUUCAUUCAGUAUCUGAAUUAGAACUUUUUCAUUUCCAAAAGUGUACAUUUUCUUUAAAAUUAGUUAAAGUAUGAGUUGCAGUGGCAAAAAUACCUUUAUUCAACUGUUAGUUCUAAUAUUGCGCCCCAUUCUUAUGAAUGUUCUCCUGAAUGGAGAUUCCCUCAGGUUAAUGCGUAAUAUACCUGUCCCAGGGAGAUUAUCUUCCUCAUCUUGCCUUAUUUAAGUUUUUUGUUUAGCUAUUCUGCACGAUUCAGUGCAGAUGCAGCCUUUCAGGAACACUAUAUACAUUUUGAUUGAGCGUUUUGGUCAGUGGUAGCUACGGCUUCCACUGGUGCAUUUGCCUCUUUAAAAUUCAAAUACAAGGAAAUUUAAAGGUGGAAAUCCAAUAUGAAUAACCACUGCAUCAGUGGAGAUGCAAUGUCUAAAACCACUGCAGUCACGUAUUCUCAAAAGGCACCUAUUACUAAAAAUCAAUCAAACUAUUUGCGCUUCUAUCCCAGAACAAGUACUUUGUGUUGAGCUGUUUUAUUGUGUACUGAGUUGAGGGUUUGUCUUUGAAACUUUUUGUAGCUGAAACUGAUGUUCAACAAUGUGUUCUGAGAAACAGCACGUCUGUGUCUAAAGAUUGUUUUACUGUGUUUUUUUCAGUGAUGUCAAAGGCCAUGUGAGGGUGGGGUAUUUAUUUAUUGAAGUAUCAGUGGAUUGGAAGAAUGAGCAGCCUGAGUGAGAUGAACAGUGUGCUGGAAAUGUGUUGAUGCAGUUACCCCCGGCACGUUUGUGCAUUCAGGGUCACUGAAAUUUAGAUUCCGAAAUAGAUAAGUUGUUCAUAGCUUACUAUUGAUUUUAUCCCUUUUGUGCCCUGUUCUGCGCUUUUGUCAACAUAAAAUAACCUUGGUGUGUUGCCCUCAACCCCCAACAUGCUCAAUUCCUUGUAUUAUCUUGCUAACCCGAAGAUGUGUUCGCUCCUCCACUGUAAAUGAACACAAAAAGAGUCAAGCCUAUGCCAGUCAACUUACAGUAUAGUUCAUGAUAAGAGUAUGAUCCAAACAUAAUGAGCUUAGUAUUUACCUCACAUUGCAUCACUGUCUUCCAUUGCUCUCCAAUCGUACUCACUUAGGCGAUCUGGUCAGCUGCCGGCGGCCACACCAGAGACUGAUCUUGCCAUUGACGAUGACUGUAUUUCUGAGAUUUCUGAUUGUUUUGAAGAAGAAAAAUCAGAAAAUGUUUUAUAUCAGAAUUUAAAGAUGCUUUAAUAAAUUAUUGUAUUUCAAAA